AUGGCGUCCACGUCAAAGGAAUCCUAUGGAAUCGCGUCCUAUGCCAUUAGUCGCCAUCGUAAGAACAAAGUCUUUAUGUGGCAAAGUCGAGUACAACACGGGCGAGUUUAUGAGUUCCUACUUGCUUCACGGUUUAAGGUACCCGGUCUAGUGUCAUGGAAAUGUAUGCAUUGUAUGCAAAUUCGUGAGAAGAUGAAAAGGCAGAUGAAACCAGUUAAGGAUCUGAAGAUUCCUUUGGUUCUAAUAGACAACGAUGUUAUAAGGGAGAACCCCGAUAAGCCACUAAACGCCCAGCAUUUCUGUAAGGAGUGGGCCGCUAAUGAUGGUCCGCUCGAAGUUUCGAUAGAUCGUUUCUCGGAUACUGUACUUGAAGCAGUUCCACUCGACCUUGACGCAGUUCAGAAGAAGCAGAUGAAGCAAUGCCUGGACGAAAAGUGUGAAAGGGUGAUGAAAAAAGUUUUGCGAAAACGAAAACGAGAAGUACACAAAGAUUAUCCAAGUCAAUCGGCAAGGAUGGCGAAGAGAAUGGAGUUAAGCAAUGAUUACUACGAUGAUGAUGGUAAUCUGUCUACGGAAGUGGUUGUGAGGUCCUAUCCUCCAGCAGUUGGUGAGAAUGAGUACAUAGACGUCGGAUGA